AACUUUCCGGUUGCUCCCAUCAUUUCACAUGAAUGGAAAAGGAAAUAGCAACAAAACUAUGACUUGACAUCGUUCGUGCAUUUCAGGAAAAGAACAAAAAAACCCUAAGAAAAUCUCAUCUAACUACCUUUUCCACACCUGGGUGUGGUGCGAGGGUCAGUGCUGCUGGGUGAAGCGGUGCGGUUAGCUGCUCUGAGCUACACUUAGCGUCUCACUUAGCUAGCAUCUGAUUCACUGACUAGCCGCGGUAACUGUAUACCAGCGUCCAUCUGUGUAACUGAUACAGAAAACAAACAAAAUGUUGAAAGAAAUCCUCGACCUGCCUCUGGGGGAUAAGAUAUUUUACGCCGUCCUGGUGUUUUCGUGGACGGUUUAUCUAUGGGAGGCCUACCUCUCUUACAGACAGAGGAGGAUCUACAGCACCGCCAUGCAUGUCCCUGCCGAGCUGGGGAAGAUCAUGGACGCAGAGACGUUUGAGAAGUCACGUCUCUACCAGCUGGACAAGAGCAACUUCGGUUUCUGGUCUGGACUUUACUCUGAGACCGAGGGAACGCUCAUCCUGCUGCUCGGAGGCAUCCCGUUCCUCUGGAAGAUCUCAGGAAGCCUGACUGGUCGCUUCGGCCUCGGCCCAGAAUAUGAGAUCUCCCAGUCUUUGGUGUUCCUGAUGCUGGCGACGCUGUUCAGCGCCAUCACGGGGCUGCCCUGGAGUCUGUACAGCACGUUCGUCAUCGAGGAGAAGCACGGCUUUAACCAGCAGACGUUAGGCUUCUUCCUGAAAGAUGCCCUGAAGAAGUUUGUGGUGACGCAGUGCAUCCUGCUGCCCGUCACCUCUCUGCUCCUCUACAUCAUCAAGAUCGGCGGAGAUUAUUUCUUCAUCUACGCCUGGCUCUUCACACUCAUCGUCUCUCUGGUACUGGUGACCAUCUACGCCGACUACAUCGCCCCGCUGUUUGAUAAGUUCACCCCGCUGCCUGAAGGGGAGCUGAAGACGGAUAUCGAAAGCAUGGCCAAGUCCAUCGACUUCCCGCUCACCAAGAUCUACGUCGUAGAAGGCUCUAAAAGAUCCUCACACAGCAACGCGUACUUCUACGGUUUCUUCAAGAACAAGCGCAUUGUGCUGUUCGACACGCUGCUGGAAGAUUACUCGCCUCUGAACAAGAAGAACGACGGAGAGCCUGCAACUGAGCCUGACAAGAGCGAGGAGACGGGAGACGAAACCAAGCUACAGACUAAGCACAAGAAACAAGGCUGCAGUAAUCCGGAGGUUCUGGCGGUUCUUGGUCAUGAAUUGGGACACUGGAAACUGGGCCACACUGUGAAACACAUCAUCAUUAGCCAGCUGAAUUCGUUCCUCUGCUUUUUCCUGUUCGCUGCUCUGAUUGGUCGGAAAGAGCUCUUCGUGGCCUUUGGUUUCGAUGACAACCAGCCGACUCUCAUCGGGCUGCUGAUCAUCUUCCAGUUCAUCUUCUCCCCCUACAAUGAGCUCCUGACGUUCUGCCUGACUGUGCUGAGUCGCAGAUUCGAGUUCCAGGCUGACGCUUUCGCACGAGCCAUGGGUCGAUCGACUGAGCUCUGCUCGGCCCUCAUCAAGCUAAACAAAGACAACCUGGGCUUUCCCGUGGCUGAUUGGCUUUUCUCGAUGUGGCACUAUUCCCACCCUCCUCUGCUGGAGCGCCUCCGGGCCAUGAAGGACACAAAGAAACAAGACUGACGGUUCCACCAGGGGGCGCCAUAUUCACCACCCGCCCCUCACAGGAAGGGCCUCCGGUGGCCACUUCUGGCUGUCUAAAGAAAGCAAAAAGUGUCUCUCGUAAUAUUCGUCUCUUAUUUUCCUAUUUCGCAAAUUUUUUUCAUUAAUUGGCUUUAAUUGGACUUACAGUUUAAUGUAAUUUACAUUCAAACCUUAAGUGUUUUCCCAUAUCCUUGAUAUUGUUCAGGAGAAGAGAGACAGCAUGAGGUAAAGGUUUGACCUCGUCAGUGAUGAGGAGCACCUUAUAAAAAUGCCUGGCCUGGUUCUAGUUCAGUUAUUUCAUGUUUGGUUAAUUUGCUUUUGUUUAGAUCUAAAAGAUUUGGACCAUACAACUGUAAAUACAGUGUUAAUUUCUUUUCUUUUUAAUGAUAGUAAUAAUAAAUUUAAGAAAUAUUGGGAGUAGUUAGAAAUUUGUUGAAAUUUUUACAGUUCAGUUUCUUUUUAUUUUGAGUGCCUAUAGUGUAUGGGUGUGUGUGCAGGAGUGUGUGUGUGUGUGUGUGUGUUUAAAAAGAAACAAAAAAGUGAUCCAAUCCCAUUUUUGCCCCAUGUCUUCAUUAUAUGAAAUCCAAAGCAUUGACAGGGACAGGCCUUGCUGCUUGUCAUCAGCCACCCUUAGUUUCUAAAAGUAUUUCAGUGUCUCUUCACAGACACUGCCUUGGGAAAAGGCUUCAUUACGGUGGAUUCGUGUUUUUUCGCAUGCUGGAAUUGAGAAUCCACUCAUUCCCCUCAUAGAGUAGAGAAGAAAAACAGAAAGAUGGAUUAGAUGAGCAGGAUGAAGCCAUAAUUAAGGAUUAAACACAGCAUUAAGAACACGAGGAUUUAGUGAGAGACUGUUGGAUGUGUUUUGGCAUCUCAGGAGUUCUAAACAUUAAUAUAUAUAUACGUUCAAGCGAUAUUCAGAUUUGCUCCAAAGUGCAUCUUUAAAAAUGGCCCCCUUUUCCCACGUGUUUGACGUGAUGUUUGUGAAUUGUAACGUCUCGUGAAUAAAACCCCUUCACGGCAAA